GGACGGAGCGGGAUGCCUCCAACUGGUCCACGGAGCGGCUGAAAGCUCUUCUGCUGCCCGUGCGGGUGGAGGGCGAGGAGGGGGCCUGCGAGGUGACAGAGGUCAGCAAGCUGGACGGAGAGGCCUCCAUCAACAACCGCAAAGGGAAACUUAUCUUCUUCUACGAGUGGGCCAUCAAGCUGGCAUGGACUGGCACCUCAAAGACGGGAGUGAAAUACAAAGGUUAUGUGGAGAUUCCUAAUCUCUCAGAUGAAAAUGACAUUGAUGAAGUUGAGAUCCAUGUCAGCCUUGCUAAAGAUGAGCCUGACACUAACUUGAAGACCCUGAUGAAGCAAGAGGAAUUCACCCAGGGCAUGAUUUUGCCCACAGUGAAUGGUGAACAUAUGGAAACAACACCUCAGGUGGCUCCUAAAGCAGAAGACCGCAAGACGGCUGCUAGCAGCAGUACUGCCUCAUCACAGUCCAAAUCUGUAGGAGUCAAGAUCCCUACAUGCAAGAUCAGCUUAAAGGACACAUUCUUAACAUCUCCUGAGGAGCUCUACCGGGUAUUUGUUACCCAGGAGAUGGUCCAAGCUUUCACCCACGCACAAGCUGCCUUGGAAGCUGAUAAAGGAGGCAAGUUUCAGUUGCUGGAUGGCAGUGUCACAGGAGAGUUUGUUGACCUAGUCCCUGAGAAGCAACUUGUUAUGAAAUGGAGAUUUAAAUCUUGGCCAGCUGGGCACUUUGCAACAAUUACCCUGAACUUCACUGACAAAGGUGGUGAGACAGAGGUGUGCUUGGAAGGCAAGGGCGUUCCUGCCAGUGAGGAGGAAAGAACAAAGCAAGGCUGGCAGCGCUACUACUUUGAGGGCAUUAAACAGACAUUUGGCUAUGGCGCCCGCUUGUUUUAAUACUGGUUGCUGGGAAGGCUCUGCCUGAAGACUCUGCCACGUGGACUGAUAAAUUUCUCACCUGUCCCUUUCUAAUCUUGGCCCUGCUGCUGAGUAAAGUGGGAUGACAGGUGAUGAGGAGGGCCAUUGAGCAGCACCACUUUCAGUCCUUCACUGCUUUAUGCAUGUCUCGUGCUGCAGGGGAUUCUUACAUGUACAUACUUCUAUUACUAAAUAAACCUAACUUAAAAAAAAAC